AUGUCGACGUACAACGGCACCGGGCGUAGGGCCCCCAAUGUGUCGCAGUAUCUGCAUAAUCUGAACACGGCGCCCACUGCGCAGGAACUGGCCGACCAGCAGCAGGCCCUUGACUUGACUGCCGCUGGUGACUUGGACUUUUUGACCAACACGGAAUUCUUCGACUUUGAUCAGUUCAACCCAAAUGUGCCCGUCUUCCCAGCGGACAACAUUGUCGACAACAGGAAUGGCCAGCAAUUCGCAUUCGAUCAAUUCAACGCCUUCUCACAAACAGCCGUGAACUCACCCACUACAACUGCCAGCCCACACGAUGCUCUGCACGGCAUCUACCCAACCCAGCCCCACCACUUCUCGGCCAGUCCAGUCGUAGGGGACAAGCGCAAGGCAUCCGUAUCCAUGCCCGCUGUUGAACAUCUAGAGGAGUCUUCUCGCGUUGCCGCCGAGGAGGACAAGCGCCGCCGCAACACGGCCGCUUCUGCUCGGUUCCGCGUCAAGAAGAAGCAACGCGAGCAGGCUCUCGAGAAGCAGACCAAGGAAAUGUCCGACAAAGUCUCUGCACUGGAGAACAAAGUCUCGCAGCUCGAGCAGGAAAACAAAUGGCUCAAAGGGCUCAUCACUGAAAAAAGUGACGGCAAGGCUCUUGAUAUCGCUCUAGAAGCGCGCUUGAAGAAGGAAACCGACGAGCGGAGUACGGGCAACCGCACCGACGGCGUGGGCACGAGCGAGGAGUAG